AGUCUAUGGGGUUUUCUUGGAAAAUGUCAUUCCAAGCAUAUUUGCAGGGAAAGGUGAUCAUGAUGUUUUAGGAACCCUUUCUCGUUUACUUUUCUGCUCUGCAAACAAGAAGACGCCAUUACCAUCUUUUCCGUUUCUGUGAGAACCUGAGCGAAAGUUUUUCAGAGGAAGAAACAGAGAAAAUGAUUCCAUCGUUGUCGUUAUCAUCAUCUUCAUCAUCUUCAUCUUCAUCAUCUUCUUCUUAUUCGGCUACCGUUGGAGUCGAGAAGGCGACGAGCCACCUUCUAAUCGGCCCCGAUUGGACUAUGAACAUGGAUAUUUGUGAUUCCAUCAAUUCUAACCAUUGGGAUGCGAAAGAUGUCAUUAAAGCUGUGAAGAAAAGGCUGCAGCAUAAGAACCCUAAAGUUCAACUACUUGCCUUGACGCUUCUCGAAGCAAUGGUAAAUAACUGCGGUGAGUAUGUUCAUUUUCAAAUUGCUGAGAGGAACAUUCUUCAGGAGAUGGUCAAAAUUGUGAAAAAGAAGACAGAUAUGCAUGUAAGGGAUAAAAUCUUGGUACUCCUGGAUUUUUGGCAAGAAGCAUUUGGUGGCCUUGGAGGAAAAUAUCCCCAAUAUUACUGGGCAUAUGAGGAUCUGAGACGUUCUGGAGUUGUAUUUCCCCAGCGCUCAUUAGAUGCAGCUCCAAUAAUUACACCACCUGUUGCCCAGUCAACUUUCAGACAUCCUCAGGCAGGUUAUGGUAUGCCAAGCAAUUCUUCAACUAGGCUUGAUCAAGCCAUGGCAGCUGAGAUGGAAACUUUAAGUUUGUCAAACAUAAAUUCUUUGCGGAAUGUUCUGGAUCUCUUGGCUGACAUGCUGCAAGCUGUGAAUCCAACUGAUCGAGCUUCUGUGAAAGAUGAAGUAAUAGUUGACCUUGUCAGCCAGUGCCGUUCCAACCAGAAGAGGUUGAUGCAGAUGUUGACAACGACUGGGGAUGAAGAACUUCUCAGUCACGGUCUUGAACUAAAUGACAGCAUGCAGAGUGUGCUUGCAAAGCAUGAUGCUAUAGCUUCCGGUUCCCCCUUACCAACCCAAGUAACAAAUCUGAAUGCCGAAAAUCUGGCUGCACCCCAAUCAAGCUUGAAACCUGGAGAAGUUAAAGAAACCAUCCAAACACCUAUUGCUAACCCCUCGGCCCCUGUAGUUGCUUCAAUGAGAGGCCAGAUUGCGGAAGAGGAAGAUGAGGAAGAUGAUUUUACACAGUUAGCUCGAAGGCAUUCCAAACCACCGACAACCAUUUCUCAAGACACAUCCACCAGUAAUAGUCAUCAUGAUGCCUUGGGGAAUGCAAACGACAAUGCAGUAUCACCACCUAUUCAAGCCGCUGCUACAGCCCCCGUCACAAGCAAUGCAUUAACUCUGGUUGACCCACCUGUACCUAUUAGGGCCACAAAAGAGCAAGACAUUAUAGACCUUUUGAGUAUCACAUUGUCAACUGCUACAGAUUCUCUUCAAACCCCUGACAGUACUCCUGCAGAUUCUUCGCAGAACAUUCAUCAAGCAUCUAUUUCUGGCACCACACAAGAGCAUCCCUAUUCUUCCCAUCCUCAUCCUGUUGGCCAUGCACAACUGCCCUUAAACAGUUAUGUUGUCCCCUGGGCCCAGCCCCAACCUCAACCCCAAACCCAAACCCAGUUACAUCCUCAACCUCAGUCUCAGUUCUACCCCCAACAACGAUCACAAUCCCAACCACAGCCCCAAUAUCAAUCGGAACACUACCCCCAGCCCCAGAUGCAGUCCCAAACACGACCCCAAUAUCCCCAAUAUUCGUCAGGCUACAUUCCUCCUCCAUGGGCACCUACACCUGGUUACUAUAGCAACCAGAACAAUUUAUCUCCACUACCCCACAAUUUUCCAACCCCGCAAACCAACACCCCCUCAUCUUAUAGAACCGUGCAAGUUAGCAGGCCAUUGAACUCAUUCCCUACGAAGGAAGAGACAAGGGUAACCACCACCCCUGCAGCUGCAGGAUCUAAACCAUUUGUUCCCUCCUACAGGUUGUUUGAAGAUCUUAAUGUUCUUGGCAAUGGAGAUGGGCGAUUCAAGAUGACAAGCAGCACAAUGCCAAGCUUAUCAGGAGCCUCCAGCCAUAGUAUGGUGGGUGGAAGGAAGUGAUUAUGAUUCACUGUAAAAUAUAUUGGUUUUUCGCAUAGGUAGUUCCGAUGCAAACAUAUCAUGUGUUACAUCUAUCAAGUCGGUAUAUAUUUGUCUGUUUCAUCUGCACUUGUGUUACAUUGACCGCAGAAUCAUGGAUGGGCUUGCAUCAUCACCAUUGUUGUAGUAGUUGCUGGCUGUUGUUGUAAUAAUGACUUUAUAUUGAUACUCUUGGCGAGAGGAAAUUUGAUUCUGGUCCUCGGUCCAUUCUGC